AUGUCUACUCUAUUCAACCUGAAAGGUAAUCAAUCCAGAACUUUCAAACCAAAGAAAGUACCCGAGGGAACGAAGCAGUGGCAAUUGAAGCAAUAUGCUCAACAGACUUUGGGAUCAGGUAAUUUGAGAACAGCAGUUCAAUUACCAGAAGGUGAAGAUCUACAAGAAUGGAUAGCUGUGCACGUGGUCGAUUUCUUCAAUCAUGUGAAUAUGUUGUAUGGUACCAUAUCUGAAUUUUGUACACCUACCGAGUGUCCAAUCAUGAAUGCUGGUCCGAAGUACGAGUAUUUCUGGGAAGAUGGGGAAAAUUACAAAAAACCUACGCACCUUUCUGCACCUGCCUAUGUAGAAGCAUUGAUGACAUGGACUCAAUCGAUUUUGGACGAUGAGAAACAUUUCCCUCAACAGAUCGGUAAACGAUUCCCACCUACUUUUAUGAAUACUGCCAAAACCAUCUUGAGGAGGUUGUUCAGGGUGUAUGCCCAUAUCUAUCAUAGUCACUUCGAUCAGGUUUGCGCUUUGGGUAUCGAAGCUCAUCUGAAUACGAAUUAUAGACAUUUCUUAUUAUUUGUUGAUGAGUUCCAACUUCUCUCUGAGAAAGAUUUGAUCCCAUUGGAAGAGUUCAACAAGACCAUCCUGGAUGAGACUGGACGUCGUUAG